AUAAAGCGGAAAAUAUUAAAUAUUAAAAUAUAAAUAGCGAAUUCUUUUGGAGGCUGUUUUUGAAGUCAUGUUGCCGAAUCGGUGGGGGAGGAGAGACCGAGCCCCGAGUACUUCGGUCUAGUGUCACUCCACUUUCGGGUUUAUUUUACGAGCCUGAACGAAGCACCAUCGGACACUUUUUUUUUCUUUCUUUUUUUUUUGCCCACUGAGAUCUUAUUCGAAAAGAGUGACACGCGGAUGCCUCACCCACCCACGCCUUACAGCAACUGAAUUGAUAUGAUCUCAACUGCAUAAGUAUUUAAACAUUUUUAGUGACCUCCAGAAAUAACCUUUUUGAAGAACUGCCUACCUCGUCUCUUGUAUAAUACACAGUUUUCACUGCUGAAGUGACUUUAAUACCUCCAUGAAUCUACCUCAAAUACAACUUUAUUUUCCACACGACUCAACGGGCCGAUGCGUCCCCCAAUAAAGACCUCGGCUCCAUCGCUGCGCGUGCUGUAAACUGAGCCAGUGUUUCGGUGCAGAUGGCUUCCUUCCCGGACUCGGACCUGCAGACCUGCCCGCUCUGCAAGGAGCUGUGCGGCUCCUCCGCUCCCAUUUCCUCCAGCUCCUCAACCUCGUCGUCUUCCUCGCACACCUCGUCCUCCUCCAGCCAGACCACCAGGAGGCUCCACGUCCUGCCUUGCCUCCACGCCUUCUGCAGGCAGUGCCUCGAGGGCCAGCGCAGCCCCGGGGACCCGCUGAAGCUGCGGUGCCCCACCUGCGACCAGAAGGUGUGCAUCUCCGAGGCCGGAGUGGACUCCCUGCCUUCCUCCAACUUCCUCUUCAGCAACCUGCUGGACGUGGUGGUGAGCUCCGAGGAGCAGAUUCAGAACAAGAAUGGCCACCACCACCACAACAACCACCACAACCACCACCACCACCAGCAGCAGCAGCACCACCAUCGGGGGGGCUUAGGCGGAGGCUCCUCCGGCUUCCAUCAUCCUCACGGGGGCCUCCUGCAGCCCGGCCACCUGGGAGAGCCCCAGUGCAGCUCCUGUGAUGAGGAGAACCCGGCCACCUCCCACUGCCUGGACUGCCAGGAGUACCUGUGUGACAACUGUGUGCGGGCCCACCAGAGGGUGCGGCUGACCAAGGACCACUUCAUCGAGCGCCUGGGGGAGAACCUCCACCUGGGCCGGGUCAACGUCAACAGCAACCCGGGUCAACCGGGCGUUUCGGUGUCCCUCGCCCAGUCCCUGCAGAACAACUUCGCCCUGCUGUCCCUGUUCCAGGACCAAAUGAGCUUCUGCCAACACCAUGACAACGAGGUGUUCCUGUUCUUCUGCGAGUCCUGCUCGGUGCCGAUCUGUCGGGAGUGCAGCGUCGGCCGCCACAUGGGGCACACCUUCGUUUACCUGCAGGACGCCGUCCAGGACUGCCGGGCCAUCACCAUCCAGCUGCUGGCAGAUGCUCAGCAGGGACGUCAGGCCGUGCAGCUCAGCAUGGAGAAGGUCCAGGCCAUGGCGGAGCAGGUGGAGAUCAAAGCCAAGGUGGUGCAGACGGAGGUGAAGGCCCUGGUGCUCCGACACAAGAAAGCGCUGGAGGAGAGGGAGUGUGAACUACUGUGGAAGGUGGAGAAGAUCCGUAAGGUGAAGGCCAAGUCUCUGUACCUGCAGGUGGAGAAACUGCACCAGAGCCUCACCAAGUUGGACAGCACCAUCGCCGCCGUCAGCCAGGUGCUGGACGAGGGCCGCCACCUCGACGUGCUGCUGGCCCGCGAGCGAAUGCUCACCCAGAUCCACGAGCUGAAGGCCCUGAGGGGCCUGCUGCAGGCGCAAGAGGACGACCGCUUCAUGUUCACCCCUCCAGACCAGGCUCUGUACGUAGCCGUCCAGUCCAUGGGCCUCAUCAGCAGCGGCGCCUUCGCCCCGGUCACCAAAGCCCACGGCGAGGGUCUGAAGACGGCGCUUCGCGGCAAGCCCGCCUCCUUCACCGUGAUCGGGUACGACCACGACGGCGAGCCGCGUCUCUCCGGCGGGGACGCGGUGUCCGCGAUAGUCAUGUCGGUCCCGGACGGAAACCUGUCGGCCGCCGAGGUCACGGACCACCAGAACGGCUCGUACACCGUCGGCUACCUGCCCAAAUGCGAGGGGGAGCACCUGGUGUCGGCGCUGGUGUGCAACCAGCACAUCCAGGGCAGCCCCUUCAAGGUGAUGGUGAAGUCGAGGCGGAGCUACGGCUCCCUGGGCAACCAGGUGUCGUCCUUCGGGUGCGAGGGGGAGGGCGACGGUCAGCUGUGUCGACCCUGGGGCAUCAGCGUGGACAAGGAGGGCUACGUGGUGGUGGCCGAUCGCAGCAACAACCGCAUACAGAUAUUCAAGCCCUGCGGUGCCUUCCACCAUAAGUUUGGCUCUCUGGGUUCUCGGCCUGGCCAGUUUGAUCGUCCGGCGGGGGUCGCGUGCGACAGUCAGAGACGAAUCAUCGUGGCCGAUAAGGACAAUCACCGCGUGCAGGUGUUUACUUUCGAGGGCCAGUUCCUGCUGAAGUUUGGGGAAAAGGGAACCAAGAAUGGUCAGUUCAACUAUCCCUGGGACGUGGCUGUCAACUCUGAGGGUAAGAUCCUGGUCUCGGACACCAGGAACCACCGCGUGCAGCUCUUCGGCCCCGACGGCUCUUUCCUCAACAAGUACGGCUUCGAGGGCGCGCUGUGGAAACACUUUGACUCUCCCAGGGGAGUGGCCUUUAACCACGAGGACCACCUGGUGGUGACCGACUUCAACAACCACAGGCUGCUGGUCAUCCGGCCCGACUGCCAGUCGGCCCGCUUCCUGGGCUCCGAGGGCACCGGUGACGGGCAGUUCCUGCGGCCCCAGGGCGUCGCCGUGGACCAGGAGAACCGCAUCAUCGUGGCCGACUCCCGCAACCACCGAGUCCAGGUGUUCGAGCCCAACGGGAACUUCUUAUGCAAAUUCGGCACGCAGGGGAAUGGCUUUGGACAGAUGGACCGCCCCUCCGGUGUGGCCGUGACGCCCGACGGGGUCAUCGUGGUUGUUGACUUUGGAAAUAAUCGCAUCCUCAAGUUCUAAAAAGACAAAGGUUUUUUUUGUUGUUUUUUUGUGCAUCAACCCCCCUUUUUUUUUGCAGUUUUCUCGAUGAAGGAAACGGGGCGAGAGAAAGAAUCAACGGACACAACGAGAGGCGACUUCAGAGAGGAUCGAGAGCACGUUGAAGUGAAGGGAAAUUAAAACUAUAGAUUUUUUUGUUUUUUUUCAUCUACAUUGCUGGAUUCCCAAUCAGAUAUCUGUGGCGUGUACGACAAUAAGGGGACCUCUACAAAUUGAUAAUCAAUAGAUGAAGCCAUAUUUCCCUUCCUCGGCCUCAGCUGCUCUGCAUUCUCUCUGGAAGCUCUCCUCAGUUAUCCAUCUCAGGGAUCUUUCACUUUUCUUAAUCUUGUACCCUCUGCUCCACACCUACCUCAUUUAGCUCUUUAUGAAUGUACUCAUAGUCCCUGAGCAGAGGUUUAGUCCGUGAAGUUCUAAAAAAAAGCCUACCUCCUAUACUUUUGUUAUUUAAAAGAGACAAAAAAAAAAAAAGACAAAAAAAAAAUAAUAAUAGACUGUUCGGUUUGAUAUUUGCACAGGUUUAAAGAAAUUCUUGCUGUGCAUUUAUUUUUUAUUUUAAAUAUGAGUUAAAGUGAACCUCCUGAAUGUUGUUACUCGGACCGCGUGGUGUGUUCUCAUUGGAGGGCUUCGCUCGGAGAGGAAACUAGGAAACUAGGGUACAGUCGUGUCCCCUUUUUUUUUUUUUUAGGCAAGUUAGUUUUGUGGAUAUGAGUCGGCCUGUUCUCUGCGUAGCGUCGUGAUUUAAAAGACGAGUGCGAUGCCAAACUAGAUAGAAUCGAGAUGAGCUCAGGUCACGGUAGGAGGCUGAUUCAGGGGAUCAGAGGCUGCCCCUCUAAUGCUGAUGAAUAUAUUGACAAACAAAUGAUCCCUAAAAUAAGUAAGAAAAAAAUUCCGUCUAAUUGGACCGGAUGAAUGAACGCUUUUGAUGAAACGAGACGGCCCGUGUCGUCGCUGCCCCGUCGGUUGUGUGAAAAACCAGGAGAGCAGCGCCGCCUCCGGAAAGGGAGGAGGACCCACCCAAAGGAUUUUGGUGAUGGCAUUUUCCAAGAUCUGGAUCCAUGAGCGAUCCUCACGUAAAGAUUUAAUCAUUUUAAUUGAAUGACACCUUUUUUUUUUGAACGAGGCAUGCUGUGUGACAAAAGCCUCACAAGAGUAGACCACACCCCCACCCACCCCCCACCCCGAUUUGGCCGUCCAGAGGACAUUGAUGACAUCAAAUCGAAGGCCUGACAUUGCAAUCCUUUUGGAUUUUAGAUGGGUGGUUGAAAGCCACGCCCCUUUUGGCUCCCAGGGCCUUGGGGUUUCGUCCAAUGAGAGGGAGUGAUCGCUAAGCCCCGCCCUAUUUAUUGACGCUCGGGAGUUUGAGCAGACUUCUCCCAGAUCGAGCGCUAGGCUAGUAGACCGAUUCCUCUAAAGAUGGAGGUCUGUAGACCGACUUCUGGAGUCAACCAACGUUAGAAUCUCUGCACAACUGUAGAUUUGGCGAUUUUUAAAGAAACUUAAAUAAAAUGAAAUGAAGAAGAAGAAGAAGAAGAAGGAUAAAAAUGAUACGUUUUCUUAAAUAAUCACUGUUGCUGGGAAGUUGAGUUCAUAGCUCUGUUAGAAGAACAAGGGGUGCCCGAGUACGCUCACAUCCUGCUAUGACCUGUUGUGUGAGGCAGGUUUCAUCCAGAGAUGUUCUUGUGUAGAGAACUGAAGCUCCCGCACCAAAGAGACCCCCCCCCCCCCCCCACACACACACACACACGCACGCAUUUAUCUGCCCACCAAACGAUCGCUAUUAGGCUCAUAAGUAAGCGUCUCGCAUUCGCCUUCGCGUCCCAAUCUAAUUUACCGUAGACGCUACGAUCUCUUUGUGGUGAACGCAUUGCGGGGGUUUUGAACCCCCCCCCCCCCCUCCUUGCCCCCUUUUUGUUUUGGUUUUGGUUCAAGCCGUGUCCCACUGGAAGCACUCGACGAUGCGUUUCUGUCAGCCCGCUUCCUCAGCCGAGCAUCGAAUUCUCCCACCCAGGACCUAAGAAACGAUUCACCCCGAUUGGCUCUCACCUGUGAGGGGAGGGCCCGUCUGCACACGACCCGGAUUCACGCGCUCAUAUCUUCUCGGACGUUUUUGUUUUUGUUUUUGUUUACCUCCCUUUUUCUCGUAUACCUCGUCUCCUGAAUACCUCAAGAGUGUGUGUCGCUCGCAGCUACUGUGCAUUUAAACGCUCAAAUACCUCGACUUUGUUACACAUUCUGAAUACCUCAUUUUUACUCUUUUUUUAAAAAUCUUACUUUUUAUUUAAGCACACCUCGUUGGAUAUUUAUGCAUUACGAAUGUACCUCAUUCUUUGAAUCGUCUCGUGUUACAGUGCAGUCCGCGUCGCACAGCUCGAGGACCAAAGAUCAUGGUACUUGUCUGGAAGGGAAGUAACCUAUUUCUAUUUCUUUUUCUUUUUUCUUUUUCUUUACCGCUUUUGGUCACCGCUCCAUCUCGUCCACCCUGAGCAGCUUCCGGUUGGUUGGAUCUACUGUAAAGUGUCUGGUAAACUCUGCCUUUUGUCGUCAAGAAACCAAAUAUUUCAGAUGAAAGCAUUGUGCCAAAAGAAAAAAAAGAUCUGUGAGAGUUGUGUGCCAAAAGGGGGGGAGGGGUGUUUGGCUUGGGGGGACCACACCGGACCCUUAUAGAUGCUAACGUGAAACCGGAGCCGCCGAGGAUGAAUCCUCUCUCUCUCUGAUUGAUGCACUUAAGAGGGCUGGGCCCGAUUUUAUCUUUACCUCAUGAUGAUGACGAACAAGCAAAUUCCACUUGUACUUUUCCAGCUGUGCGCAAAGGGUCGAGGGCAAGAGGGCGUGGCCUCUCUUAAAGAGACGAGAACUUCACGAAAUCCUUAACGCACAAGAAUUACCUCCUGAUUUCAGCACAAGUUAGCGAUACCUCGGCGUGGAUUCGUUGGCGUGGGACCUCGAGACGAGUCUGAACUCGAUCAUUCUGCGGCGGGGCUUGAGCGAAACGCAUCGUAGGAUCACGCAUGGUUUAAUAUCACGGUGGAGCCGUUGGCACAUUGGUGGCUGAGCCGGUUUGAUUCCACAGACCCAGCGGGCUUUGAACUCGACACCUAGUUUUACCAAUAAGAUUGUCGCUUCACGUUUCAGUAUUACUCUGAAAUGUUUCAUUCAUGUUGCAUCUGUUUUUUUUGUUUUUUUUUUAAUUAAAGUUGCAGAAUUCUAUCUUUAAGAUCCUUAGGUCUUCACUCUUAAAGAGGGAAAAGAAAAUGUAUUUUAAAGUUGUUUUUUUAAUAAUUUUUUUGUUGCAUGCUUUAAAAAGUCUGUGUAUUAUAUUGACGUCUCUCAGAUAGGUGUUGGAAAAACUCAGAUGGGUUUGGGGAUGUAUUGGGAUGGGAUGGUUUUUUACCAAAAUAUAUACCCAAAGAUGUGUGUGUGUGUGUGUGAGAGAGUGUUUAGGAUUGCGUUGGAUGGGAUUAACCUUUGACCUUUGCGAUUGUAUUUCCUGUUCUCAAGAGGCUCUGCGGAGCACAACCUGUUCAGCCAGCCGAGCCUCGACUGCGGAGAAACCACAGUGGCAGAUUGUUUUUCAGAUGAAAGCUGGUGUGCCCCUCUACCAUUUAGUGCUUAAUUUACGUAACCUCCCUCUAUGCGUAGUGCGGGUCGACAUCUUAACACAUCGUCCUCUCACGCUCGAGCUCUGUGACUCUAGGGCCGGCAGCUUUUCUUUUUUUUUUUUGGGUGUUUGACCCGGUGACGGGAACUCGUGUGAGGAGCAGCUCUGUGUCUCACGCACACACACACAAGCAAUCGGCUUCCUCCCACGUCUUCAUGGGGAACCAGGGAGUGCGGCGAUGGCUGCUGAGCACGUUAUCGGUUGACUGCACUCCUGUUCGCUGGUUUUUUUUUUUUUUUGUGUGUGUUUUUUUUUUGGGGCCCCUGUGGGUUUUUUUCUUUUUUUUUGUUCACCAUUUUUAUUGCUGGCCUCUCACGGCUUUAAGAGAAUAAGCAAAGCUGCACCAGGUGACGUGUGCAAGGUCGUAGACCUCCUUUUUAAUGAUUGUGUACUCUAAAGACAGACAAAAAAAAAAAAAAAAGG